GAAAUAUCGAUCGCCGCAUGCAAACGACCUCUUCAUAAGCAUAUGGCAUGAUGCCGUUUACCUUAUGGUGCCAAAAUGGCCCUUGAGGGCUUCAUCAAACCUAGUCCCUCGGAGUCGCACAUUUGCGACAAGGUCUGCAGCCAUGAAGCGGACGUACGCAGAUGCCGUUGCGGCUCUGAAUACGCUGCAAUCCAACUUUGCAAUUGUUGACGCCGUCCGAAAGUCUGGCGGCAAAAUGAAUGAGCUGUCCAUUCCAGAAAUGAAAGAGUGGCUCAGAAAGAUUGGAUAUCAACCCUCAGACCUCAAUGCAUUGAAAGCCAUACACAUCGCUGGAACGAAGGGAAAGGGCUCCGUCUCAGCAUUUAUCUCGUCCAUCUUGACGCAUUUCAACGAAACCGGAGGACCACGUUCGCUAUCAAAAGUUGGACUAUUUACUUCUCCUCACCUACGGUUUGUGCGCGAAAGAAUACAGAUAAAUGGGCAACCUCUCUCCGAGGAGCAAUUCGCACGAUACUUCUUCGAGACAUGGGAUCGAUUUGAAAAUGCGUCAAAAGCAGCAGGUGAAGACCCUGAAGCCCCAGGAGCGAAGCCAGCCUAUUUCAGAUUCCUCAACAUCAUGGCCUUUCACGCAUACCUUAGCGAGAAGGUCGACACUGCUGUGAUCGAGUGUGGGGUCGGUGGUGCAUAUGAUAGCACAAACGUCCUUGAGUCCCCAGUGGUGACAGGCAUCACAAGUCUGGGCAUUGAUCAUGUGGCAAUCCUAGGUUCGAGCAUAGGCGAAAUCGCGUGGCACAAGGCUGGUAUCAUGAAGUCUGGAAUCAAGUGCUUUACCCCAACCACUCAGCCUGAAGAGGCGAAACAAGUCUUGGAGCGUGUCUCCAACCAGACAGGCAGUCCACUUGUAUACGUUGAUAUUGAUCCCAACAUCGCGAGCGGAAAGACCAAACUUGGGCUCGAAGCGGAGUUUCAGAAAACCAAUGCAAGCCUUGCCGUGGUCAUUGCGAAAGAGUGGCUCCAACAACAGGGCUAUACUGAAGUACCAGACUUCGAGCAAAGGGUCAGGCGUGGACUAGAAACAGUCCAGUGGCCAGGACGUUGUGAUACACGAUACGAGGCUGGUAUUCGGUGGUGUAUCGACGGCGGUCAUACUCUAGAGAGCAUCGAGCUCGCCGGGCAAUGGUUUGCCUUGCAAUUGACGACAACCACCACCACCACCGACACACCGUCUAAGACGUCACACCCGCAACCACGAUUCCUCAUCUUCAAUCAACAAACCCGCGAUGCAGCCUCUUUAGCCACAGCGUUGUUCAACACCUUAUCAACAGCGCUCAAAGACCCCCAUCCUUUCACUCACGCCAUCUUCUGCACGAACACCACUUUCAAAGAGACUGGCUUCCGCCCUGACCUCGUGUCCGUCAACACGAAUGCGUCGGACGUUGAAUCGCUCUCGGUGCAGAAUCACCUGGCCAAGACGUGGAAGCAGAUCGACCCGGCUGCACAGGUCGACGUUGUGAGAACAAUCGAGGAAGCCGUCGCGCUUGUCAGAAACUUCGCGAGUUCCAACCGAACCCAUGAAAAGGGCCAACCUGAUCAAGUCACCGCACUAGUAACAGGUAGUCUACACCUCGUCGGUGGCUUUCUCGAAGUAUUAGAAACUUCCAACCCAGACUAAAAUACCCAUUUCGCACAUGAUCGUCAACUGGAAACAUGUGCUGUUCAACCACCAAAACUACAGUAGUGAUAGAAAUAUAUAUAUAUUCCGGGCCUCAUCGCCCCUGAGGAAGUCACUAGAGAUUACACAAAAGCGACUUUUUCUCGGCGUCUCAUGUACAUAUAUUCAACUCGCCUGGCCUGUUGUGUUUCAGUUCAAUUCCAUUCCCACGUUGGGUUCGCUUGCCGAUCGUAAAUAACGCCCAUAACAUCAUUUCUAUAAAUACAUACGAGAAGAUCUCAUUGUUCACUGCCUCCACUGGUUUCGUCCGACGGUCGGACUGACAGGACUCACCAUCCGAUCAUACAGAC